CGGCGCGGGGCCGCGCCGGGCCGGGCGCUCGUGGGGCGGCGGUCCCGCGGCCGGAGCGGUCCCGGUGAGCUCCCGGUACAUCCCGGUACCAUCCCGGUACCAUCCCGGUACGCUCCUGUGCGACCCCGGUCCCAUCCCGGGUUUGCCAGGUAACAAUCCCUGCAGUCCUGCUCACACCAGCUGGUCAAGCUGCCUCAGUUCCACAUCCUUCAGGACGCUGGGCCUGGCUGAAUUCGCCUUGUGAAGCUUCUCAGCAGGAGUGGACGCCGGGCGUGGGGGCUGCUGCAGAGGAGGCUGCGUGGCAGUGAGCUGGGACUUGUGCAGGGUUCCUGCACCGUGUCACUGAAGCCACCCCAGUGUGCCAUCUGUGCAUCCCUUGUGGCUGCAGGUGCUCAGCUGCGGGCCGAGUGCAGCCGCACAAAGUGUGGUUUGUGCCGCAGGGAGAGGCAGAGUGCAAGGAUCAGGCUUUGUGAUGCUGCUGCACGCGUUUGAUUCAGCUUUGGCUUUUUACAGGUUUUGUGGCAGCCUCUCUUUAGUUUGCUCACACAGCGUUUUAUCAGCGUGAGGGCCCGCCUCUGGCUGUUGGAACCUGUGAUUUAUUUCCAUUUCAAUCCCAGCAGAGCGGGAGGGAGGGCGUGCUGAGUGUUGGGGCGGCCUGGCGUGAGCAGGGAUGGCAGGGGCGCCGCGGGGCCCGGCGGGCGCUGCCGCCGCCCCUGCGCCGGCGGGGUGACGCGGUAGGGCCGAGCUGCAGCGGCUCCACCAUGGCCCCGGCCGCCCCCGAGGAGGCGGCGGGCUCCUCGGGCAAGCACUACGUGUGCGGGCUGUGCGCCGCCUUCACCAACAUCGCGGUGACCUUCCCCAUCCAGAAGGUGCUGUUCCGGCAGCAGCUGCACGGGCUGCGCGCGCGCGAUGCCGUGCGCCAGCUGCGCCGCGACGGGCUGCGCACGCUCUACCGCGGCAUCCUGCCCCCGCUGCUGCAGAAGACCACCACUCUGGCCCUCAUGUUCGGCCUCUACGAGGAUUUCUCGGCGCUGCUGCUCAGCGAGGCCCGCGGCCCCGAGCUGCUGACGCGCAGCGUGGCGGCCGCGCUGGCCGGCACCACCGAGGCCAUGCUCACGCCCUUCGAGCGCGUGCAGACGCUGCUGCAGGACCACAGGCACCACGACAAGUUCACAAAUACCUACCAGGCGUUCAAGGUGCUGAAGGCCUACGGGGUGCGGGAGUAUUACCGGGGACUGGUGCCCAUUCUGCUCCGCAACGGGCCCAGCAACGUGCUCUUCUUCGGCCUGCGGGGGCCCAUCAAGCAGUGCCUGCCCGAGGCCACCUCGCACAGCUCGCACCUGGUCAACGACUUCAUCUGUGGCGGGCUGCUGGGCGCCGUGCUGGGCUUCUUAUUCUUCCCUAUCAACGUCGUAAAGACUCGCAUGCAGGCGCAGAUCGGCGGCGAGUUUCAGUCCUUCCCCAAAGUGCUGGCGAAGAUCUGGCUGGAACGCGACAGGAAGGUGAUCCACCUGUUCCGAGGAGCCCACCUCAACUACCACCGCUCGGUGCUGUCCUGGGGGAUCAUCAACGCCACCUAUGAGUUCCUGCUGAAGCUGCUGUGACCCCGUCCUGCUCGUGGGCUGCCAGCACUCUCAGUGUCCCGGGGAGCAGUGCCUGUGCCUGUGGCAGGUAACUCUUCCCAGCCUUCCGUAUUUAUGGGGUGAAUGGUGAUACAUUUAAACCUUGGUGCAAUUAUGAUGAACUUCUUAGAGUAUUCCUUUGCUGGCAGGUGAGUUUACCCAUAACAGAGCUACCAGGCAAGUACAAGGUGUAAAAGAGGAAAGGAAAGUAGGCUGUAUCACUCCCAAAAUUGCAUUGUGCUCUGUGAUGGGGCACUCCGCUGCCCAUGUUUUGAACAUGAGAAUCAAGGAGGAGCUGAAGAAAAACAAUUCCAUUGCCUGAUCAUCUUCCCAGCCUCGAUUAUGGAACUGCAUUUUCAGGUGUUGUGGGGUUCUCAUCGUGCAAAGUUCAAAGGACAGGUACAGAAGGGGAUGAUGAGGUGCAGAGCUCCUGGCUGCGCCUCAGCCUGCUGCAGCCGCCGCUGUGCGGCUGCGGUGACCGUGUCCUCCAGCCGCGGCACCCACCUCGGCCCAGGCUGGAUCUCGUGUGUGUACGUGUGCGUGUUUGUACGUGUGCCUUCCUGGGAAAAGGGAAACGGGGAAGGAAUGGGACAGCAAACUCACUGAAGCUUUAAAGUGUCCUUCCUCGUUAAAAAACAUGGAGUUUGUUCUGCUUUUUCUGAGGACUUUUUAUUUUUUAAUUGCUGCUUUUUCUGUUGCCUCCAGCUACAGGAUCAGGGAGGUUGUCCCUGUCUUUAAGGCUCACGGGACACUCCAGCUCCUGCAGCUGCUCAAGCACUUCACACACGGCUUUUUGCACUGCCACGUCUUCUCUUUUCUCUGCUCCCUCUGUGGAAUUAUCAAUCACGAGACAUUUGUACCCAAAACUCGGGGUUCUGCCUGCUUGGUGUGUUUGUUCAUGGUUCUGCAACACGGAGUGGCACGGGCAAGGUGAGAGUCCUGGGUUACCUGCUCCAGUGGAGGUCUGUAGGUACAGUGGAGAUGAAAAGCCAAAGAUGACCUCGGAGGCAGGGAGGCAGGAAAGGUGGGGUGCUUGGAGAUGUGUUUCAGGACUUGUGUGGGCAGGCAUUGGAAAGGACUGAGGGAAACCUGUGUCUCACAGAGAGCAGAGAGAGAGACUCGAGGCUUUAGCUGCAGGGGCAGAAGAGCGAGCACAACCCUGAGCUGGAUGAGGGUCCCGACAAAAAGUGUUUGAUUCUCCCUGAGGGCUUCCUCUUUAAUUAAACUAUACAUUCACAUAUAAACCAAAACUCUUCGGAUGAUGGGGAGCAGAAAAGCUUUCAGAAACUGCUUUGAAUUUAGUCUUAAGUUUUGGAGGGGCUAUUGCUUUUCUGAAUUUGGGUUUUCCAUUUGCUAAAACUGUCUUCCGAAAUUGAUCCUAAUCAGUGUGUUGUAAUCAUACAGUCCUGAGCUUCACAGACAGCAGUGGGUGGGCACAAGCACGAGUUCCUGUAUCCCAGUGGUGAUUAUCUCCAUCUAAAUAAAAUGUUUACUGGAUGUUUGUUACUGGCAGAA